AAAAUCAGUUUUAAAUGACAUUACACGGUGAAAUCAAUAUUCCAACAUGAAUCCAGUACUAUUACUUUGUUUUGUGUUCGCCAUUACAUACGUGGACUGCACGUUGACCGUUGAGCAACUGGAAAGGCUCACAGAAUACAGCAGAGCUUGCAGAGCCGAAACAGGUGCCACAAUAUCGCAAGUGACACGGGCCAUAGCCGGUUAUUUCGACGACGAUCCAAAAUUGAAAGCCCAACUGUACUGCAUAUCCCGAAAAGUGGGUUUCCAAAAUGAUGUCGGUGAUAUGGUGCUUGACGUGAUCAGGGAAAAAAUAGCUUCCAUUAUUACCGAUCCUCAUAUGGUUGAUGAACUGAUAGAAUUGUGUGCUAUCAAACAGGCUACGCCUGAAGAAACAGCCUACAUCACGCUGAAGUGCUAUCUGGAUAAAAGAGGCAUUAAUUUUAUCCAUUAAUAAUUGACCUGAAUUAUAUAUUAUAUUAUUGUUUAUCCCAUUUUGUUAUUAUUUAGUAUAUUGUUAUUAAAGUAUCCAUUAUGCAUUGAA